CGGUUGUUGGUCACCCUGCACAAGCGGUAAAGGAGCUGGCGCCAGGUCCUGAGUUUUGCAACACCUUGAACCAGAAGCCAGAAGGGAGAACACCAUCGUCGAGAUCCAGCGAUCGUGUGUUUGGGCGCCCAAACAUCUGGCACCCAUGACCACGCCGUUGCUCAAUUUGAUUGUCAUUCAUCAAGCAUCUCCCCUUCGCGAGCAGAAAUAAGGCUUCAGGAAACAGCAUCAUGGCUUCUAUACACCAGAAGAUGUUGGUUAUUACCAGCAUUUGCCUUUGCCUUCUGGUAGUCUUUGUAAACGGAGGCACGAACUCAACUUUACCUGCAACUUCAAACACAACGUCAACGAACACAACGUCAACAAACACAACGUCAACGAACUCAACGUCAACGAACACAACGUCAACAAAUGCAACGUCAACGAACACAACAUCAACGAACACAACGUCAACGAACACAACGUCGACGAACACAACGUCGACGAACACAACGUCCCCAAAGCCCACUUCCUCAAACACAACAUCCACAAAUACGACUACAAAUAGUACAGGAACUGGAACAUCAAACACCACUUCUACUGCAGCUGCAAAUACAACAUCCUCAAACACAACCACGUCAAAUACCACCUCGUCAAACACAACCUCGUCAAACACAACAUCCUCAAACGUAACUGCAUCAAACACAACUUCAACAAACAGAACUGGAACAUCAAACACCACUUCUACUGCAGCUGCAAAUACAACAUCCUCAAACACAACCACGUCAAAUACCACCUCGUCAAACACAACAUCCGCAAACGUAACUGCAUCAAACACAACUUCAACAAACAAAAACGCAACUUCAAACACCACUUCAACUGCAGCAUCAAACACAACAGCGUCAAACACCACUGCAUCAAACAAAACAGCGUCAAACACAACUGCAUCAAACACAACGGCGUCCAACACAACGGCGUCAAACACAACUUCAACAAAUAGUACAGGCUCCUCUACCAACACUUCAGCGGUUUCAAGUAACAGUACUUCUACUUCCUCCACCACUGGGUCAGGCACUUCAACUGGGACAAAUUCCAGUAGCACUAGUACUGGAACAUCCAACUCAACCGGUGCUACUGGCAGCAGUACAGGAAAUACCACAGGAACCGGUAAUGGAACAGCUGUCAGUCCCACUCCUACUCCAAUCGCUACACCGACAAAAACAGCUACAGUUAAAGUGAAAGUGGAUCAAACUAGCCUUCAAGGUACUGCCCUUGUUAUUGGAGUCAUAAAAGGGAACUUAUCUGCAACCAGUGCAUACUUGGAUACAACAAAGGCUGAAAAUAGAAACUUUGUAAAUGCUGCUCCCAAGAUAAAUGAGAAGCUAAAAACUUCGACAGUCGGUGGUCAAAUAAUUGGCAAUUUGACUUUCGAAAACAUUGUUCAAAUAGAUACUUACACUGUCCGUGCAGAGUAUAUGACUGAAGUAUCAACAGGAAUUACGAGUGACCCCAUUUUUGGUAUUAUGAAUGGAUUAGACCAGAAAACAAUUUUUGGUACAACCGACUUGAAAUACAAAGUUGACUUUGUGCCUUUAACAGUGAAGAACAGAUGGCAUGAUGGGAAAGUAAGGCUUCCUUUAGAAUUUUAUAAACCCUCUUUGAGAGAACCAGAUUCAGAGGACUUUAAAAACUUCAAGAAUGUGUUUGAAACUCUGUUACGAGAACAGUUGCUACGCUCAGUACCUGUUGUAAGACAGGUAGUAAUAAAAGAUGUACUUCAAGGUAGUAUUAUUGUUCCAUUUGCUGUAGAAACUAAUGAGAACUCGACUAAUACAACCACACAAAGUCUUAAAACUGCUCUUGACACCGUUACAAGCAUUGGAGAUUAUACUGUCGAUCCAAAUGAAGAUAGUAAAUCUAUGACAGGUUCAGUGUACAUAAGUGGUCUGCAGAGACUUGAUCCUAUGGCUAAAGAAAAGCUACCAGCUUUAGCCAUACCAACAAGGGAUGGAGAAGACAUCAAAAGAGGUGUGGUCAGUCUGGAAGAGAAAAACAAAGUCCCUGUACGGAAAAGCAACUACUUUCUAACAGUCACUAUUCCAUCAUUUGCUGCUCUACUCUUUGGGAUCGUCAUCUUCCUUUGUUGUACCGCAACAGCUACUCGCAUGAUGAACAACAACAACACCAAAAAUGUUCCAUAAAGGUACCAGAACAAACGGUGGAGAAAUGACCAAGGGAUUCAUGAAAGAGUAAAAUAGUGAAGAGAAAGAGCAAAGAAAGAUAAAAAAUAUUUUAUAAGUUUUAUACAUAUAUAUACAGCAGUAUAUAUCUAAAACAGUGAGGAUUAUUAAAAUAUUUUGACUUUGGACUGUAUUUCAGGUAGAUGAGUAUAGUAUACAAAUAUCUAACAAAGCCUUCAACAUGGUAGAGAUGUAACAUAACUGUUAACUUUUUCUUUUCGUUGUGGAAUUUGUUUUGUAGGAAUGUACAUAAUUAAUCAUAGUGAAUUGAAUUGUGUGGAAUGCCAGUGCCAAAAAUGAUUUAAAACUUGAUUAUUAUGUACAUGAGAGAGUUUUCAUUUAGAAUGAUAAUUUAUCCACAUCAGUAUUGGUUAAGACAUUUAAUUAAUCAGUUAUUCUAUGAAAUAUAAAACUAAAAACCUCAUAGAAUAGUACUGCAGGUGUUAUCAAGAUUAAUGGUUUAUUAAAGUGUGCUGUAAUGCUUUUACUUUUGCCUAGCAGAAAAUGCUGAAAUGUGUGAACCUAAAGAAUCUGUCAUAAUGCAUGGAGCAGGGAUCUUAUUGUGUGGAAUGCCAGGAGUAUGUAAUACUGUUUUUAAUCUCAACUUCAUGAAUUAUGUCAAAUUCUAACUUCUGAUUGGUAACACACUUGAUAAUUUGUUAAUUUUAAGUUUUGAAUACCAAGGAUGGCUAGAAAUUACUUUUCCAUCUCUGCUUUAUGGUUAACAUCACAAUCAUAAAAAUUUGUUUGUAGAUUGGCAUUAAACAUCAAGAGAAAC